AUGGAAGUCGAGUGCAAAGAGAGCUGUUACUACGUGAAUUUUAUUUACACGAACUGGACAGACGAUCGGCCACGGUUCAUCGUUAACAUGACAUUUUCCAAUCAAAACGGCGUGGGAUCAACUACCACCAUCAACGAGCCUAUUUUGUCACCCAUCUCAAAAAUGUUAAUUGUACAACAGAGCCCUAAGGAAAAGAAACGUAUCAUUUACAAUGUGACCACCAAAUUAUGCGCAAUACAAGGUAUUCUCAAUGCCGUACCAUUAUUUAAGCCAGCCAAGGAAAGUGUCUUAAAACAAAGCAAUUAUACAUUCAGUUGUCCCCUUAAUAAAGGCGUUUAUGUUAUGAAUAACAUGCGCGUCAACCCAAGAAAUCCGCUGCUUAGCCUGAUGCACCAGGCCAAAGGUAUAUUUACGCUUAUGGGUGCUUUGCUUGAAGAAUUACCCAAUUCACAAAUGCACCCGCUUUCUACUUAUAACAUAGCUGGUAAGAUCAUAAGGAAGACCUGUGGUAAAAACGAGUAA